AUGAGUCAAUACAUUCCUAGAAGGGCUUAUGGUAUCCGCGAUGCUUUCAUUCAACAGGCAAGAGAUUAUGGUAUUAAGAUUGGGCCAAUAAGUUUGAGUUCUUAUCCCAACUUCGUUCUUCCUCCACCACUUCCAGUGGGAGAAUUUGAAGUGAGGACUAAGACCAAGUCCAAGUCUAACUCACAACAAGCCAUUCACUCAACCACGCCCAAAGAAUCUACUAUUACUACCGCCAACAACAAGCAGCUUUCUAAGAAACGGACGCAAACACCAAGCAGGAAACCAGUUAAGGAAUAUGUCGCUGCCGAGGUUCAAUUGCUCUCAACCCCAAUGCCAACGAGCGCCAAUCCAGAACCAGUGAUGGCUACAACUUCAUUUAACGGCGUUGAGUAUCCUGUCCCAGUAUAUGUUCCAUCCAACAACAACAACCAAGUGCAAGAACCAUUGGACAAUUCGUUGCUUUCCAACGUCAAUGAUCUGGUAUGGGGUUCAUUACUCUAUCCAGGUCAAUCAGCGCCAGAGCAAAACGUAUCUGGUAGUAUCAACAAUAACCUUGAGUCAUCUUUCAAGGCUUUUGAAGAUGGUGGUAUGCUAGCUGAUAACUACUUAAAAGGAGAAUGGGACGUUAACUUCGAUAAUACUGUUCCUGAAUCCCUUAGCAGUGACAAUAACAAAACGACUGCUGUUCCAAAUGAAGAAACCGAUGCUAAAUCUGACACCGACUCUCUAUUUGGAGGUGAUGACAAUACCAGAUUGGAUAUCGACGACAUGAACACUACCGAGCACAAUGUUUUGGACGAACAUGAGUUUGCAAAGCUUAUUCAAGAUCAGUGCUCUAGUGGUGAAAAGACUCCACCUCCAGCACCAGUGACAGCAACGAUUAAGCCUAUUGUUCCUUACAAAAGUACCAAAGUCUCUGAGGAGUUUUGUUCUGAUGAAGAUUGGAAUGCCUUUCUUCACAUGGACUUCUCACCUAUGGCAUUUCAGAAUCUCAAUGAACCGGUUGUUGAUGAUGUUCAAGAUAAUUUGGACGUAAGUGAUAUUUUGAACAGAAUCAAUCCACUAACCAUGGAUCUUACUCUGGUUUCUUCUGGUAAAAAAAGACAACGAGAUGAAGCUGAAGAUGAAGAUGAACACACAAGGAAAUAUACUAGGUUAUCACCUCCACUGUACGACAGACCAAUGGCUAAUGAAUACAUAAAUGAGAUGCCAGAAGUUCCUUCACUCUUUAGAAGAUCUAGUUUCAAUGACGCACUUGAAUGGUUACAAGAAGAAUCAAGUACAAUUGAUAGUCUUGAUCCUAGAAAUAUUCACCUUCCUUAA